UGUGGGUCAUUUACUGUUUAUUUCCAAUAAACCAGGGUGUACUUCAUAUUACAGCGACAGCCUGUUGCUGAGCAUAAACUAUUCAGGAUUGGUGUUGAAGGUUUAAAAUACCCGAUAAAUAUAUUUGAAGACAAAAUAAACGACUCCCUCAGGGGUCCGUGAACGUCCCGCGUUGCCAUAGUGACAGUAAACCACAAAGAGCCGUUAAACAGAACCGGACCGACGGACAGAGAAACAGAUUAAAGAACCAGACAAACGAACCGACACCGACGCUGAGCGCCGUUUGACGCCGCCCAGCAGCCUCUUUCCCCCGGAUCUUCUUCCUCCUACUGUCCGGGGAACCCUGACCCGGCUGGAGGCUCCAGACCCGGGGCAGGAUGAGUGCGAACCGAGCGAUUCCCGGCGGGAAGGUUUACCGGCAGCUGUUCGACGCACAGGCGCAGCUGUCCAGAUCCCUGCUGGCAGGACGCAGGGUCCAGAGGACAGGCAGUCUGUCCCCGGUGGACAGCAAGACACCUGACAGCAGCAGGUGGCAGCAGAGGUCUGAUGAAGUCGAUGGCUCCGUUGACGUCAUCCGGCUUCCUGACCGUCUGGUGAUCGACAGGUCCAGCUCCGGGAUCAUUGACAAACUGAUGAAGAGGAGGAAGAAGAAGCAUGAUGAAGCGCUGAGGCAGCAGGAGGCGGAGCUGCACCACCUGUCCCAGGUGUGUGAGCUGGAGGUGAGGUCCAUCUGUGAGCAGCUGGUGUCCUCUCUGGGGGAGGUGGACCUCAGAUUGGACAUCCUGAGGGACAGGAUUGGACAGAAGCCUGUCAGUCUGGAGUGCCUGCACAGCCUCUGGGAGGAGGCGGAUGAGGAGAUGAGGCAGAAGAAGAGCCAGGUCUCAGAGAUGCAGCAGAAGCUGAAGAGCUGUGAUGACGGCAGGAGCCUGGAGAUCAAAAAGAUUCUGAAGAAGCAGCUCCACCUCCUGCAGCAGAUCAGUUUCCUGUCUCCACCCGACGUCCACCGACUGAUCCACUCCAAGGCCAUGAUGCUGAACCAGUCUCUGCUGGCCAACCGGCGCAGCUCGGCCCGGCUGGUUCUGCUGCUGCAGGACCAGAACCUCCAGCAGGAGUUCGUCCUCCGUCUGCACUGGGAGGAGAGUCUGGACCGCUGGAGGAAAGGCCGAGUGGAGGAGAUGCUGGAGGAGCUGAGAACCAUGUGCAGCAGCAGGGAGGAGGAGCGGAACCUGUUCUCGGAUCAGAUGCUACAGAACCAGGAGGUUCUGGUCCAGCAGCGCUCCGAGGUCAUCUACAAGAUCUGCUCUCUGGUCCCGCCCACCGGCUCCUCAGCUCUGGUUUCUAAUUGGUUCAACGAGUUGAUGGCCGUCAACCAGCAGAUUGCUGGUCUCCAUGCCGACAUGCGGGAGCAGCUGCAGAGGUUCUAUGAAGACGCCUGGCAGCGUCGCCGGGCCGAGGCUCAGCGCUGCCAGGAGGCGCUGGCGGCGCUGCAGCUGUCUGACCAGCAGCUGGAGGACAUCACGUCCUCUCGGCUCCUCCCUCUGAUUGGACAACGCCAGAGAGACGACGAAGAGCGAUUGGCUGGUUUAGACGAGUGCAGUGACUGCGUGGACCAACAUGUCCUGGGGGUCAGCAGGUCGGUGUCUGAGGUGAUGCGCGCCGUCGCGUUGCUAUGGGAGACGCACUGCCGCCGGUUGAAGAGGAGAGAAGAAGAGCUGGAGGCAAAGCUGCAGCUGUUGAAGAAGACGCAGAAGCAGCUGGUGGAGAGGAUGAUGGUGCCUUUGGAGAGCAUGUUGGUGGCGCUGCGUCAGGAGAGCAGGGAGGAAUUUCUGGACAUGUGUCUGGAGCAAGUUCUGGAGCAGCUGAAGGACAUCCAGGACAGCAUCAGGCCGUGUCUGUCCCAGCAGUGGGACGUCCUGGACCAGCUCCCUGCCGUCCUCAUGGAGGAGCUUUACUCCUACAGUAACGCCGUCAGCUCCUUCUUCAAACUCAGCCAUCCAAACAGACCGAGUCUAGCGGACUUGCACAACGUCUCGGUGUCGUCCAACAGAACCGGCUCGGACCUGGAAUCUUCCUCCCACUCAGAGAUGUUCCACCCGAGAAGCGACUCCAUCAGCAGAGAAGCCGGUUACUCCUUCAGCGCCCUCAAGCUCCUGACCGAGGCGGCGUCCUCGCUGAACCAACUCUACAACAGCAACACCACCUUUACAUCGUCAGGGGGCGUGGUCUACUCCGGCCCCGCCUUCAGAAGCCCCGCCCCCGACCUGCCUGACUUCAUCCAGGAAACAUACCUGACCCAGUUUCCUGUGGAGCUCCUCAGCCACACCCUGACCAGGACCCGGAUUCUGGUUCUGGACCACAUCGAGCAGAGCUUCAAAGACCUUCUCAGCUCAGCUGUUGCCAUGGUGACCGAAAAGAAGGAAGUGGUCCGAUUGGAGCAGGAACUCUCACUGACACCAGAAUACAUCCGGACAAAAAUCUACGAGCCACGGCUCCUUGAGCUCCAGGUCCACCGGCAGAAUGUAGACACCUUCUCUCAGGAAAUCUCGGAGAUCCUGACCUCCUGCAGGAUAGAGCUCCACGAUCUCCUGGCCUCCAUCCACAAGAAGAACCUGGAGCUGUUUGACCUUUUGACCUCCCGUAAGAUGGCGCUGCAGGAGCUGCAGAUCUCCAUACAGAAGGACAACCAGAUCGUCCUCCAGGCGGCGUUCAGGAAACGGCUGGAGGACUUUGGCGCCGCCCUGCAGGAGCAACUGGACCGGCACGCCGAGGACACCCUGUGGUGCCAGACCAACUUCAAACGGGUGAUCCGCGGCCGCCUGGAGGAGGCCAGGAAGAGAGCGGGGGAGCUGCAGAAGUCCUUCAGGACGUUCAAAGAAGGAGGAGACUUCUCUGCCCAGGAGGUAAAGAUGUUUCAGAAGAAGAUGAAGGAGGAAAUCAAGCGGAUCGGUUCCACCGAGGACUCCAUCUUCUCUGAGCUGGAGGUGUUUGAGUCCAAGAGUCUGCUGCAGCUCCGCAAGGUGCUGGCUCCCCUGGACGACAAGUUCUCCUCCCUGCAGGCGGAGGUGAAGUUCACUGAGGAGAUCCAGAAGAUCAUCAGCAGGACACAGAUCCAGAUCAAGGCCGAGGCGGCCAGCAGCAACCUGCAGCAGACCAGGCUCAGCGGCCGGCUGGAGGAGCUGAGGGAGAUGAUGACCAACAUCCAGGUAUCGCCGGAUCAGAUCUGCUGUUCGUUCUCGUCGGUGAAGGAGGAGAUAAAGUCGCGCUGCAGCUACCUGGGUUUCAGCCAGGACUCUGUGCUGCUGGACAGUUUUGCUCUGUCCAGAACCAAGGUCCAAGGCGCCGGCCUGCGGCGCAGCCGGUCCGCCACGGAGCUGCAUGAGGAAACAACCGUCAGGUUCUCCUUCCAGCCGGACCAGAAACCAAAAACCGCUGGAGACCAGAGCUCCGCCGCGCAGCAGAAGAGCAACUCGACCCGCAAACAGAGGUACGGACCCAACGGGCCCACAGCAGAACCGCCUGGUUCUGAUGGAACCAGAGACCGGCCCGGCCGUUUUCAGUCCUUUGCCGCGGCGCUGAACACCAUCCUGUGGUGGUCCAACGACACCGUGCUGGAGGCUGCCAGGGUAACGAUCAGAACCUCAAGAACCUCCAGUUCGGUCCGAUCUGGCCCAUAA